AUGCCAGGUAUCCUGCUCAGCCAGUUCCCAGACGAAAUCCUGCACAGCAUCCUCACCUACACGCCGCCGUCCGCCGCCAUCGCACUCGAGCAGACCUCCAAGCGCUUCUCACACAUCACCAACGCCCCCCUGCUAUGGGCCGGCUACUGCAAAGCCUCGUUUCGCUUCUGGGAUAAGCGUCAUGACAUCACCGACAAGUUUGCCCGGCCGGCAAAGAGCGUGCAGUGGAAAGAAUUGUACAAGCUGAGGCAUCAGAUCGACCGCGCGACAACGGAGAUACUGGACAGCAUCCUCGCCAGCCAGACAGGACGCAUAGAGAAGAUUCACCGCAUCGUCAGCUUUGGCUAUGAUGCGAAGGAUACGCUGAUCAGGCACGCUGAUGCUCCUCAGGACCUUGAAGACUACUUGGCUAGGAGAUACUACAGCAAUGCUAUACUCGGCUGUCUGCAUCGAACGCUGGCCAUUCCCACCUGGAACAGGCUCAGGAACGGCGAGGACGUGUCUCUCGAACACGCCCUGGGAGCUUUUGACAUGUUCAUCCUCGACUCUGGCACCGGAGACUUUGACGACAUAUCACGGAGCUUGGACAACAUAGUUGGACGGAUGAAACGCCAGUACCCUAAUAUCCUCGAGUACACGCCCCGAGAACGAGCCAUAAUGACAGCAGAGUACCUCCGCGAAAACAAUCUCACUGGGAUCGAGUCUGGCAGGGAGUUUUACAACAUUGAGCACAACUUCCUGGGUGCUGCUCUGACCAGCGAACGGCACAAUUCACUGCCUCUGAUCUCGGCGGCUAUAUACUGCUACGUUGCUCAGAGACUCGGCCUCGAUGCCCAUCCCUGUGGCUUCCCCUUCCACGUUCACGUUAUCAUCCGCCCAGAGCCCAAUCACGACCUUGCUGGCAAUCGGCUGCCAGACGGGGAAGAGGGCGACUUCAUGUACAUGGACCCCUUCCGCUCGACCAGCGAGACUCCCGUAUCCGAGCUACAGAGCCAGCUGAACUUCCUUGGAGCCCUCACCUUGUCACAGUCAACAUUCCUUCGCGAGUCAUUCACCGCUGAGAUCGUGCUCCGAUGCGGCAAGAACAUCCUCAACUCCGUCCUGCAAACACCACAUUUCCGUCAGACGUCACUCGACAUUGUUAAUGUCAAGUAUGCUGCCCUUUGGGCAUCCAUGCUCUUUGCCAAAUACGCAAAUCCCGAUCGACAGAACAUCCCCCAGGGCCCUGAGCGCCGACGAGCCGAACAUCUGCCUCUACGCCGCCACCUGCCAUCGCUUAUGGAGCACUUUGCUACGGAUUUCCCAGCGGACGUGUAUCUCAUCGAGCAGUAUCUGAUUCCGCUGUUCCAGAGCUUGCCUGAAUAUGAGCAUCUACGCGAGAGCGUCAGCGUGAUGAAAGCUAGUGACGAGAUACCAAAGCAGGUCCGGCGAAGGAGCUCAGCCAACGGCAACGUCAAGUACAAGGUCGGCCAGCUCUUCCGUCACAAACGGUAUGAGUACAUCGGCCUAAUUACUGGCUGGGACCCUGAAUGUGGUGCUGGCGAGCAGUGGAUGGAGCGCAUGGGAGUGGACCGUCUCCAUGCCGGACGCCAUCAGUCUUUCUACCACGUCUUGGUGGAAGAUAAAAGCGUCCGCUAUGUCGCGGAAGAAAACAUCGAAAUAUGCGAGCUCGAGGCUUCCGAAGUGCCGGAUGCUUUCUUCAGCUUUGCCGGCAAAUUCUUUAAGCGAUGGGACAUUGAAACCCGCCGCUUCGUGAGCAACAUCCGUGAUGAAUACCCCGACGACUAG